UGCGUCAUUUCCUGGCCACUGCCCGUUUUGAUCAGGUGUUUAGUUGACGCUUGACAGCUCCCUUGGGGCGGGGUUUGGGGGUGGCACUCUUUUCCUAAUGCACUCAAGAUGAGCGACAACCAAUAACAAGAAUGGGCAACAAGAAGAAAGUUAUAGUAACGGGUUUUGAGCCUUUUGGAGAACAUGCUGUGAACUCCAGCUGGGUGGCAGUACAGGAACUGGAGUGUUUGGGGCUCGGCGAGGCGAUAGAUCUUUAUGUGUGUGAGGUGCCUGUAGAAUAUCAGGCAGUGCAGAGUCUACUGCCAUCUCUGUGGGAAAAGCACCGACCACAGUUAGUGGUCCAUGUUGGUGUGUCAGGUUUAGCAACCACAGUGACUCUGGAGCAGUGUGGCCACAACAAGGGCUAUAAACGCUUGGACAACAGCCGCUUCUGCCCAGCUUCCCAAUGUUGCAUGGAAGAUGGGCCCGAUUGCAUCAGCUCUCUAGUAGACAUGGACACAGUCUGCAAAAGGGUUAAUGACACCGAUGUAGGGGUAACUGUGUCCGUGUCCAAAGAUGCUGGAAGAUACCUGUGCGACUACACCUACUAUUCAUCUCUGGUCCUCGGCCACGGCCGCUCUGCUUUCAUCCAUGUGCCUCCGCUGGGAAAACCCUACAGCAGCCAGCAGCUGGGCCGAGGCCUUCAGGCUGUCGUGCGGGAGAUGCUGACACUACUGGAGGUGGCCAACACUGAAGAGCAGCAUGGCAAACAUGCACAUCAACAUCAGCAUGACCUCCUCUGACUCGCUGGUAUCAUUCCUCACAUACAUACAUAGACAUGCUUUGUGAAAUGUACAUUGGUUGUAAAAGAACUUGAAAUUAGUACUUGGAGUUGCUUUUCUCCAAUGCCAGUAUACCCCCACAUAAUAGUUUUGCAUAAUGUAUACCAACACUGGAAAUUGUCAAAAUGACCAAGACAGCUACUGAACAUUUUCACUGUGUGUUAUGUUUAAUAUUUAGAUUUCUGCUUGGUAACUAAAUAAAAAAAUCGGAAUUGUAUUGUUGAAACUGUCCAACCCCUUCAAGUUAUUAAGCAUAUACAGGACAUUUUUUUAGAACUAUUUUACGCCUUCCCAAACGUCCCAUUUUGUAAUUAUUCCACAUUUUUGAUGAACAGUUCCCCAAAUAAAAGGAGACACUUUA